AUGACAAUGAAAUGUGAUAUGCUGUAUAAGCUCUUUCUUCUCAUCUCGACCAUAGUGUCCGCUUCGGCCAAAAACUACCGAAAACCCUACAUAAUCUAUAUGGACGAAUCGGCAUUGCCCACUUCGUUCUCGCGUCACCAUGACUGGUACACGUCACUUCUGUCGUCCCUAUCGUCGUCUCCCGACGAAAUUGAUCCGACCCAUCUCUACACAUACAACCAUGCCUUGAAUGGAUUCAGUGCAAUGCUGUCACAGUCCCAAUUGAAGAAGCUGGAGCAGGUUCCUGGUCAUGUUGCGUCGUAUCCGGACACAUUCGGAAAUGCUCACACAACAUAUACUCCUAAGUUCCUUGGCCUAAAUAGACAGACAGGCCUCUGGCCAAGAGCCGAAUUCGGCGACGGCAUGAUCGUCGGUGUCGUAGACUCCGGGAUAUGGCCCGAGAGCGAGAGCUUCAAGGACAAGGGCAUGUCCCCCGUGCCGAAGAGAUGGCGAGGCACUUGCGAGUCCGGGGUGGACUUCAACGCGUCCAACUGCAACCGGAAGCUCAUUGGAGCCCGAUCGUUCAGCAAAGGAAUGAAGCAGCAUGGCUUGAACAUAUCGACGACCGAUGACUACGAUUCCCCGAGGGAUUCCUUCGGGCAUGGGACCCACACGUCGUCCACAGCGGCCGGUAUGGCACCCGCUGCUAGGCUCGCGAUGUACAAGGUGUUAUUCCUGACCGACACGUACGACUCGGCUGCGACGGACACCCUAGCAGGCAUGGACCAAGCCAUAGCGGACGGCGUCGAUAUAUUGUCUCUAUCGCUUGGAUUUGACGAGACAUCGUUCGACCUUAAUCCAAUCGCUGUGGGAGCUUUCGCAGCAAUGGAGAGAGGAAUCUUCGUUGCUUGUUCAGCAGGUAACGACGGCCCUCGAGGAUACACGAUGCGAAAUGGAGCUCCGUGGCUAACGACUGUCGGCGCUGGAACCGUAUCAAGGGACUUUGCGGCCAAUAUAGUCCUCGGCAACGGAACCUUAACUGUUAGAGGAAAAUCCAUCUUCCCAGAAGAUCUGCUUAUCUCAAGAGUUCCUCUAUACUUUGGCCGCGGCAACAGAAGCAAGGAAAUCUGCAACGGUUACUCUCUUGACCCGAAGGAUGUCGCUGGGAAGAUAGUUUUCUGCGACUUUGUUAGUGAAGACUACGAAGUCAAUACCCACGAAAUCACCCAAGCCGGAGCUGCAGGUGCCAUCUUCAGUAUUGGACCCGGGGCUUUACGCAUACCCGAAAACUUCACUAUCCCGUUCGUGGCCGUCGUACCGGAAGAUGGAGAUAGAAUCAAGGACUACUUGCUGAAGUCAGAGAAUCCGACAGUCAGCAUCAAGUUCUUGAUAACCAUUUUCGGGACCAAACCAGCUCCUCAGGUAGCAUCGUUUUCGUCUCGAGGACCGUACCGUCAGGCCCCGUGGAUCUUGAAGCCGGAUAUGUUAGCUCCUGGAUACAAUAUUUUGGCAGCAUGGGCGCCGAACCGAGAAAUAGCACAGAUAGGUGAGAGCUACUUGCUUGGUGACUACAAGCUCGAAUCGGGAACUUCCAUGUCGGCUCCUCAUGUGGCUGGAGUCGCUGAGCUGCUAAAAUCAGCCCAUCCAGAUUGGAGCCCCGCUGCUAUCCGAUCGGCAAUGAUGACCACGGCUUACAUUCUCGAUAACACCAAUGAGCCCAUCAUCGACAUGACCACUCAAGCUUCAGGGACGCCUCUUGAUUUCGGAGCAGGACAUAUAGAUCCGGAAAAGGCUUCAGAUCCCGGUCUGAUCUACGACAUCGAACCCGAGGAUUACGUCAAUUUCCUCUGCGGAAUGAACUAUUCCGCCAAUCAGAUAAAGAUCAUAAGCGGGAGAUCGAACUUCUCUUGCGCGUCCGCGACUCUUGACAUCAACUACCCUUCAUUCAUGGUCAUCCUCAACAAAACCAACACCACGAGCGUCACUUUCAAAAGAGUCCUAACCAACGUGGCCGACGGGCCUGCAAGUUACCAGGCCACAGUGACAACUCCAUCGAGCAUGAAGGCCACAGCAAAACCCUCGGAGCUGUGGUUCACUAGCAAGUACGACAGAGCUGAGUUCAACUUGACGGUAGAGAUCUCUCUGGAAGGGUCGAUUCCACGGCGCAAUUACAUAGGUAACUACGGGUACAUCAGUUGGAAGGAGAUCAAUGGAACCCGCGUUGUGAGAAGUCCCAUCGUCUCAGCUUACGCUCUCUAGAGAAGACAAGUUUUUUUCAGCACGUUCUGGUGUUCCUUAUUCAGUUUAUCGAACAUACAGAAGCUCCCAAUAAAACUCUGCGUUUGUCUAUGCAUAAUAUGUUGUGCAAUAUCUCUUGGCUGCUU